ACCUGGGAAGGUUGUCGGGUGCCGCUCUAGGGAGAAUAUUCCACAGAGGCGGCGUGUUGACCGUGUGGAUGGCAGUUUUGAGAGGCGCCCUGAGGAAGCUCGCCAUGGUCUUUCUGCCUUGAAAGCCCCGCUCGGCUUUGGCAGGCAGGGGGGGUCUUGACUUGGUCCCUUGGAGUUUAUUUUUUGUCGCUAGUGGGGGCGCGUGUUCGCGUUUCUGGUGGCGGGCACCUCCGGGCAAAGUGUCCCUCCUCCCCAGAGGAGGAAAGGGGAUUUCGCCCUCCGCCUGUGCCAGCAGCCCAGCAUGGUGGGGAAAAGCCCGGACGCCAAAGGUCAGGAUGCCAACGGGGAGGCCAGCUGCUGGGGAGGACAGCGCUGCUGCUCCAGCAGGACGGCGCCUCCCAGCUCGCUGCUGGCUGCCCUGCUGCUCUCGGUGGCAUCCAUCGCUUCCUGCCUGUAUCUUGGGAUGAAGACCAGUGACCUUCAGGCCAGGGUCUUGGCAAUCGAGACGGCCCAAGGGGACGGAUCUGCUUCUGCUUCUGCUUCUGCUUCCUACCAGCUGCUGCCCAGCUACUCUUUGGAUCAGCUCAAUGCACUGAUGAAGGAAAACGUGGAGCGGCUUCUGGCUCAGAGGUCCUAUGAGCAUAUGGCAAGAAUCAGAAUAGCAAGAGAAGCUCCUCCAGAAUGCAAUUGCCCACCAGGUCCUCCUGGUAAACGAGGCAAGCGAGGAAGAAGAGGAGAGAUUGGACCUCCUGGUCAACCAGGGCGAAAUGGCUACCCGGGUCCAAUUGGUUUGGAUGGAAAGCUGGGUCAACCUGGUCCUCAAGGCCCACCUGGUCCAAAAGGCGAGAAGGGAGAUCAAGGUGAUCAGGGCCCUCGGAUGGUGUUUCCUAAAAUCAAUCAUGGGUUUCUCUCUGCUGAUCAGCAGCUCAUUAAACGCCGCCUCAUUAAGGGUGACCAAGGACAAGCUGGACCCCCGGGGCCUCCGGGGCCUCCUGGACCAAGGGGUCCUCCUGGAGAUACUGGCAAAGAUGGCCCUCGCGGAAUGCCUGGCUUACCGGGAGAGCCAGGAAAGCCAGGUGAACAAGGCUUGUUGGGGCCUCAGGGGCCUCCAGGACAAAAGGGUUCCUUUGGUGCACCUGGUAUCCCAGGAAUGGAUGGACAACAGGGUGCACCUGGUAUAAUGGGAGAAAGAGGAGUUCCUGGGCUUAAGGGUGACCCUGGCCAACGAGGAGAAAGGGGUGAUUCUGGAGAAGCUGGGCCCAAAGGUGACUCGGGAGAAAAGGGUGACCCUGGAUCUUCUGCUGCAGGAAUUAAGGGAGAACCCGGAGAAUCAGGUCGACCAGGACAAAAGGGUGAGCCUGGGCUCCCUGGACUUCCUGGACUUCCUGGGAUUAAGGGUGAACCGGGUUUCAUAGGGCCACAGGGAGAACCUGGAUUACCAGGAUUGCCAGGAACAAAGGGUGAAAGGGGAGAAGCAGGACCCCCUGGGAAAGGUGAACGAGGUGAGACUGGAGCUCCAGGGCCAAAGGGGAGGUCAGGCGAAUCUGGAGCUAGAGGCCCAAAGGGGUCGAAGGGUGAUUCUGGAGACAAAGGUGAUUUGGGGGCAAUGGGCCCAAGGGGCCCUCCUGGACAAAAAGGUGAUCAAGGGGCAACAGAGAUAAUUGAUUACAAUGGCAAUAUCCACGAAGCUUUGCAGAGGAUUACCACCCUAACUGUCACGGGUCCCCCAGGGCCACCUGGACCCCAAGGAUUGCAAGGGUCAAAGGGUGAACCCGGAUCUCCAGGAUUGCCAGGUGCUGAUGGAGAGCAGGGGCCUAAAGGCUCAAAAGGUGAUAUGGGUGACCCUGGAGUACUAGGAGAAAAAGGAGGAAUUGGACUUCCUGGAUUGCCAGGAUCCAAUGGUAUGAAAGGAGAAAAAGGAGAUGUUGGCUUGCCAGGUCCUCAAGGUCCCUCUAUCAUAGGACCACCAGGACCUCCAGGCCCACAUGGUCCACCUGGACCUAUGGGACCUCAUGGACUUCCAGGCCCAAAGGGUGAACCAGGGUUAAAUGGUCUUAAAGGAUUGAAGGGUGAACCAGGUCACAAGGGUGACAGAGGGCCCCUUGGUCUUCCAGGAGCAUCUGGCUUAGACGGAAAGCCAGGACCCCGGGGCAUGGAUGGCCCAAUUGGUCCUCAUGGCCUUGCAGGUCCAAAAGGAGACAGAGGUGAAAAGGGAACCACAGGAGAUCCUGGGCCCAGAGGUCCAUAUGGCUUGCCUGGCAAAGAUGGCGAACCUGGCCUUGAUGGUUUCCCUGGUCCUCGUGGAGAAAAGGGUGAUGUAGGAGAAAAGGGAGAAAAGGGGGAAAAGGGAAAGAAAGGCAAAAAGGGGCCUAAAGGGGAGAAAGGAGAACAGGGUGCCCCUGGAUUAGAUGCACCUUGCCCAUUGGGACCAGAUGGCUUACCAAUGCCUGGCUGUUGGCAAAAGUGAUGAAUCUAACUUUGCAAGCAUGAAGUUGUGUAUAUAACACUCCGCUCUUGUAUUUAUAGUUGAAAAUGGAACCAUUGAUUUUACAAGUCUGAAAUAUGUUUACACGUAGCUGCUUCUACUUGUUUGCAGUAGUCCAUGUGUACAUCUAUUCUUCACGUACAUCUGCAAUCCAACAAAAUAUAAACUGCAACAAACUUGCAAAAUCAAGUAUUAGUCUCUAUACAGAGUUAAUCUUUACAGAGUGAUCGCUCAUAGACAUUUGAGUUGUUUCUGCAGUUUUCCAGUUUUUUCUUUGUUUGUCUUCUUUUGGGCCUGCAUGGACAACAAGUGCCAUGAACUAGUUUACAUGAAACUGUGACCAAAUAUGAUCUCAGUGCUAUGAAACGUACUGUACCCGAUUGCCAUUGGAAUACAGUGACUUGGCUUCCAUGUUCACCUUCAUCAAUCCUAUUACUGGUUCAUAGCCCACAUAUUUGCUUGUGCUGACUAAAAUCAGAAGCAUGACUCGUGUGCCAAAACAGCUUGUUGUGUGAUCAUCCCCAUGAGCUACAAUGGUUGCUUGCUGUGACUUAAUUAAGACACCUGAAUUGUUCUUUUUUGUCAUCUCAAGGGAGUCACACCAUGGCUCAUUGCAAAAAAAUGAGAAGGAAAUUAAGACAAUGGUCUUGAAUUUGGAGGGAGCUGCAG